AUGUUUGCUACUGGCGCCAUUGUCGGAUGGCCGUUUGCUCUUGCUCUCGCAAUUCCCUUCGUGUUUGAAGAGUUAUUCGUGUUCGGUGCUGAUACAGUUCCUUCUGCCUCCUAUGGAUCUUGGAUAUCAACAAGAUGGAAACGCCUAUUCGGGGCCGUUUCGCCCAUGGAAAAUUCUCUGUUGUACCCCGGAACAUUGUUCGGUAUAACCUCUUUUCAGAUCGUGGAUCAAACCUACACUGAGCCAUGGGAUUUCUGCAUCCUCAACCUCCUGCUCAACUUCAGUGUCCUCACUCCAUUUGCCUCACUCUCCUUGCCUGCCCUCGCCACCACGUAUGCGGUGGAUCGCAAGCGUCUAGGAUUCACAAGGCCCAGCAAAGAAGAAAGCUCUCUUUUUACUCUUCUUAGUCUACGACUCGUACCCUUCUACCUGUGGUUGUCAAUAUUGAGCAAACAAGAAUACUGGAGGAACGGCGUGAAUGUCGAGCCACAAUCCAACAGUACCGUUAGUGCUCUCCCUGAAAUGCCCCGGGAGGAGACCGUUAAACUCGCUCUUGAAACCAGGUACAUCCCUAAAAACAUGAAUGGUUUAAACCGAGAGGAACCAUCGCACUACGUUGUCACAGUGUCCCAAGGACCCGUAAUGGGCCACUUGGGACCUGCUGCUUAA